AUGGCAGCCACUGGGCUAUACGGCAUGGUCACCUUUCUGCUCCUACUCUCCCUCCCCGCCGCUCUAGCCGAUCCCAGCUUCUUCAACCGGACAUGCUAUCUCACGAAAAACCCCGGUGCAUGUCACUCGGUGCUCGGCCACUACUUCUGGAGCCUAAACGCCACCACACUGCCCCAGCUUACUAGCACCGGGCUCGACGUCGCCGUGUUCAAGGCCAGAGACAUCAUGGGCGCUAUGAGCGAGCUCUUUGGAGAGGGGAGGUACGCGGGCACGCACGAAGGGGACGCGCUCGCGCAGUGCGCACGGCUGUACGACAAGACCAUGAGCUACGACCUCGACCAGGGGGACAUGCGGCUCGUCGACGGGAAGUACAGCGACGCGCUGCGGUUCGUGACCCACGCAAGGAGCGCCGGAGAUGCCUGCGAGAAGGCGUUCGCCGACCGCGGCUCGCGGUCCGUGGUGAGCGACUUGAACUAG